AUGAAGAAAGAGUGGGACAAGCUGGAUUCCGGUUGGGAAGCCCUCGAGUCCAAAAUGAACGAGACCGGAAUGUCCAUGGUGUCAUCUAUCCAGCCAAGCAUCGUGAGAUUGAACGUUGGUGGGCUGGACGUGAACAUUGCUCGGUCUGUACUCAGGAAGGCAGGUGAAUCAUCGUCAUCAACUUGGACGCUGGGAGAUCUGUUCGAAGGGUGUGUGUGGGACAAGCGUCUUCCGCGUUGUGAAGAUGGCCGUAUUGUGCUGGAUGAGUCUCCUGUUUGCGUUGAGGAACUUCUCUGUGAUGCAUCAUCAAAGAGGCCCGGAAACAGCAACUUUCCCGACGACGAGAAGCCGUAUAUUGGUGGUGUAGCCAGUGCUCUUGGGCUGGAUCUCGGUAUGACAGUCCCUGGAGGAAGCACUACACUGCCGCACGAUGAAGCCGAGCGACUUACAGCCACUAUUUUGGGGUGGUGCCCCGGUAGGCCAGAGGGGCUGGAGCUGCUCUACCGUGCAUCCCGGGAUGGCUGGUCUGGAGAUGCGCUUCACGCCCGGUGCGGCGAUGACAGCCCCUCUACGAUCUCCUUGUUUCGUGUGAAGACUCAAGACGCUAACACCAGCGACAGCAUUGUCGGGGGGUUCUCCAGCGUUCCAUGGACCGCAUUGCCGCCAGAGAAUCGCGGUUUGGACUCGUUCCUUUUCAUCCUCAAGGACGGCAUCGAAGAAUCACACAACUUUCAACCCGCUAUAUGGGGUCUAAGAAUACGAAAUCCUAAACCUAGUGGAGCGUAUGACAUGGAAAAGUUUGGCCUGAUAUUUGGUCGUGGCCGCAUUUUUGAUUUGUCUGUCGUCUGGACCAACCAGACCCUUGUCGCCGGCAACCAGGUAUACGCCGUCCCGCCUGGAUUUCAGUUUAUCCGCUUAGGCGGGAGGGCGAUCGCCGAUGUCGAGGUGUUUCGGGUGCGCCAAACCAUGGGGACGUUACCUACUACCCCGCCGACCGUCACCGGUCUCAUCGACUGUGCAGCGUAUUUUGAAGCUAGUGCUAUGUCGGCAGAGGAGCACGAGAACGAUGUGUACAGGUUCGGUACGUCCAUCGCGGGGUCGCUGAAAGACGAACGGGCAGCACUGCACACGGCUCAACGUGAGCUUGUCCAAGCGAAUACCAUGGCGGCAGCUUCCCUCAAAGCCUUGGCAGCGGUGUACGGCCCUCACACGGCUGCCGGUGUCAAAGAUCCCAUCGUCGAACUCAGUGUUCGUGGGUCUAGAACGACCGAGAGGAUGACAACUCUGCUUUCAACUCUCCAAGCAUGCCCUGAAUCGGCCCUGGCUGCUAGAUUCGACGAGGCCAAAUGGCCCGUCACCGAGAAAGACAAAGACGCGCACGGGCGCCGCGUGAUGAAAGACUGCAGUCCUUCGGUAUUCUCAAAGGUUCUUGAUGUGUUGAGGAUGAAGAAGCGUGAGGCCUGGGCUGGUGACGAUGGCAAGAUGGGGGCGGCGGUCCUCGUUGCCAUCAAGGACGCUGAUCGCGCGCCCUUCGAGGAGUUCGUCAAUAUGUACUUUCCGGGCUGCGAGAGCUUUAUCAUGGACAGCGUGAAGUUCUUGGAUGGGCCAAACGGGCCCUGA